AUGCAGUACAUCAAGGCAGAAUUGCAGCGAUGCAGUGGUGGGGGCAGCAGUACCAUCGGCAACAACAAAGAAAACCGGUUCAACAGCACCGACGGCGGUGCAGAAGCGAAGGCAGGCACCGCAUCAGCAUGGCAGCGACCUUUAACCCGCCAUGACGAUGACAACAUUACCACCGCCACCGCCGUGGAGACGCUCUUGGAUACACCUGACAACCACUACCGCUUCCACCGCGAUACCAUCGACAACAACAGUUACGGCAGCAGCGCCGCUCUGCCUGGCUCUCUCACAGAGGCUCAGCCGUCAUCACGGGACGUCACGACGAACAAUCUGUACGCCAAGUACCUCGCACUGUCCUCAGGAGGAAAAGAGGAGCGACCCAUACCUCCAAGCACGAACACGAACACCAGCACCAACUACAGGAACACAAAGGGCAACCGCAAUAACGAUAACAAUAGUAACUAUAUGAAUAAAGGCAUCAAUCGUGCGUCAAGCGCGUCACCAAGCAACAUGGUUCACCGUGCAAAGGAGGAUGUCACAAACGGCUGGGCACUGUACCGCCAGGGUGACCGCGAGGGUGCACGGCGUCUGUGGAACAGCGUCCACGAGCGUCAUGCGGACGACGCGGUUGGUGCCCGUGCACGUGCCUACAUUGCUGAGGCUGUGGAUCGUGACUACGAAUCGGCAGCGGCGUGGUACGACCUGUCGCUGCAGCGUGACCCUUCCGACGCAAUGACGCUGUACAACUACGGUGUGCUGCUCGAGGCGCUGCUGGGUCGGCGGCGGGAGGCGCUUCUGCUGUUUGAGCGGGCGCAUUCACUUGGGGACAGUGUGGCCGGGCGGCGAGCGCAGCAGCUGCGAGCUGUGCUAGAGACCUCGUGA